CUGGUUCAGCAUCAGCUUCUUUCCUGCUCUUCAAAUACGUCAUGGCCUAUCUCAGCGACAUGUACCCGGCGCACGUGGCGAGUGUGCCGGCGGGCAAUGAUCUGUUGAGGAGUACGGUUGGUGCUGGAUUUGUAAAUUCUCUCUCCCCUCUCUUCUCUCGCCCUCUCUCUCUGUCCAUUCCGGUUAUACCCAUACCCUUCCUGCCGUUUCAGUAUGUCGAGAAGAUUAGAUAUAGAAGUAAGAGGGCCAGGCAUAUUUGUAAUUUAGUGAAAGAAGAUAAUCGGAGGUUUGUCAGAGUAGCCCAAAAGAGGUCUUUUUAGAUCUUUAUAGGAGUAGAGGGGAAUGAGGAUUGAUGGAGAUAAAGUAAUCUUCAUUAAAGCGUGUCGAUUUAAACAAUGUUUGGACUGGUUAGUUGAGGACUAGGCGUUUGGAUACUAACUGACGUCCUCAAAGUUGGCGCCUUCAUUCACUUGAUGCGUUUUGGCAUGGGAAGCAUACGGCAUGGAAACCGCAAGUCAUGUCCGGUGAAGAGG